AUGUCUACAUCAUCAUCCCAAGCUCCAGGUGGUUUAAGAAAUGCUGUCAAGAGAAAGGCUACUGCCGAAAAGAAGUCGCAAAGUGCUAACGCAUUGCCUUUAUCCACAAGAGCUGCCGGUGCUGGAGGUUCUUCAGCUACCAUGAUGAAGUUAUUCACUGAUGAAGCUCAAGGUUUAAGAGUUGACCCAUUGGUUGUUCUUUUCCUUGCCGUUGGUUUCAUUUUCUCCGUUAUUAUCUUGCACGUUUUCGCCAAGAUAACUGGUAAGUUCUCCUCUUAA